UUUUGAAAUCUGCUUUAGUUAUGAAAUGUCUUGGGCCGGGACUGAAGAGAACCAAGAAAUGUUCAACAAAGAGCAUCAUGAAAAGAACUUGCAGUUAGUGCUUCAUUAUGCAUUAAAGUGGAAGAUCUACCAAUAUGUCAUCUUUUAUUUAAGAAGCCAACCUUCUUCAUCUUCCUCCGCAGGGACCAGUAGUCCUUCCUCUUUGCUUACCGUUGGCUUGUUUAUCUUGGCUCUGCAAUGGACAGACGGAGGAGCCUUCCCCACAAUACCACUCUCCAGUCUGUUUACCAAUGCUGUGCUAAGAGCACAGCAUCUCCAUCAGCUUGCAACGAAUACCUACAAGGAAUUUGAGCGAUCCUAUAUCCCAGAAGAACAGCGAUACUCCAUCAAGAAUUCUCAGACUGUAUAUUGUUACUCAGACACUAUCCCUUCACCCACGAGGAAAGAGGAAACCCAACAAAAAACAGAUACGGAACUGCUGAGGUUUUCGCUGAUUCUCAUUCAGUCCUGGCUAAAUCCUAUACGGUUUCUAAGCAGGAUGUUUACGAACAGUCUUGUGUUUGGGACCUCAGACAGAGUCUAUGAAAAACUCCAAGAUUUGGAGCAAGGUAUCCAAGUUCUUAUGAGG